CUCACACGUUGGCUUUCCUGGCAGUCAGUGGCUUCACUGGCUUCUGCAAGCUUUUAAGGUCUCCCGGCGUGGAAAUGCCUGGCCCCCACCCCCUUCUUCGGUCUCCCCUUUCAGUUCAGAUGUGCUGAUGUGCAGACCGGAUUCAUCUUCCUGGAGCGGCGGCGGCGGCGGCGGGCGCAGGCGGCGGCGGCUCGCGCUCGGCCGCGGGGUCCUGACAGCGGCGGGGACCCGGCCCGGGAACCCGAGCUCGGGGGGCAGCUGAGCCCGCGGGGCGCCGCUUCGCACACCACGGCCGCCACAGGGACGACCUGGCCGGCUGCGAGCGCCGACUUUGCCCGCUGCCGCCCGCCUCGGGAGCCGAGCUCCCUACCUGCCCUCCGCCCACCCGCGGGCCUCCUGACAACCUCUCCCUACAACUCGGGGUAACGGGCAGUGCUUGCCCUCCCUGCUGUCCCGAAGGCAUCCGCAUGUCGCCGGACACCUGAACACCCUGGUCCGGCCAAGAAGCCUCCCAGUGGGGGAGAAGAGCACCGGUGUCCCGAAGCCCCGCUCAUCAGCGCGGAUCGCGGCCGCCUUCCCUCCCGGUCCUGUCCCCUCCUUUGAGGAGGAUGGGGUUGGAAGCGCUUUCCCCGAGGAUGCUGUUGUGGCUGGUGGCCUCGGGGAUCUUUUACUACGGGAAUCCGUGGGUCUGCGCUGGCCUCGAUUAUGAUUACACUUUUGAUGGGAACGAAGAGGAUAAAACAGAGACUCUAGAUUACAAGGACCCGUGCAAAGCCGCUGUAUUUUGGGGUGAUAUUGCCUUAGAUGAAGAAGACUUAAAUAUCUUUCAAAUAGAUAGGACAAUUGACCUGACACAGAAUCCCUUUGGAAAACUUGGACAUAGCACAGGUGGACUUGGAGACCAUGGUAUGUCAAAGAAACGAGGGGCCCUCUAUCAACUUUUGGACAGGAUAAGAAGAAUUGGCUCUGGCUUGGAGCAAAACAACACCGUUAAGGGAAAAGGACCUCUAAAAUUCUCAGGACAGAAUGAGAAAAAUCGAGUCCCCCGAGCUGCUACAUCGAGAGCUGAGAGAAUAUGGCCUGGAGGUGUUAUUCCUUAUGUUAUAGGCGGCAACUUUACUGGCAGCCAGAGAGCCAUGUUCAAACAGGCCAUGAGACACUGGGAAAAGCACACUUGUGUGACUUUCAUUGAAAGAAGUGAUGAAGAGAGUUACAUUGUAUUCACCUACAGGCCCUGUGGGUGCUGUUCCUAUGUAGGUCGGAGGGGCAAUGGACCUCAAGCAAUCUCUAUUGGAAAGAACUGUGAUAAGUUUGGAAUUGUUGUUCAUGAGCUGGGCCAUGUGAUAGGUUUUUGGCAUGAGCACACACGACCAGAUCGGGACAACCAUGUAACCAUCAUAAGAGAGAACAUCCAACCAGGUCAAGAGUACAAUUUCCUGAAGAUGGAGCCUGGAGAAGUGAACUCACUUGGGGAAAGAUAUGACUUUGACAGCAUCAUGCAUUAUGCCAGGAACACCUUCUCAAGGGGGAUGUUUCUGGAUACCAUUCUCCCCAACCGUGAUGAUAAUGGAAUACGUCCAGCAAUUGGUCAGCGAACCCGUUUAAGCAAAGGAGAUAUUGCACAGGCAAGAAAGCUGUAUAGAUGUCCAGCAUGUGGAGAAACCCUGCAAGACUCCAAUGGCAACCUUUCCUCCCCAGGAUUUCCGAAUGGCUAUCCUUCCUAUACACACUGCAUCUGGAGAGUUUCUGUGACCCCAGGAGAGAAGAUUGUCUUGAAUUUCACCACAAUGGACCUAUACAAGAGUAGUUUGUGCUGGUAUGACUACAUUGAAGUAAGGGAUGGAUACUGGAGGAAGUCACCUCUCCUUGGUAGAUUCUGUGGGGACAAAGUGCCUGAAGUUCUUGCUUCUACCGAUAGCAGAAUGUGGAUUGAGUUUCGUAGCAGCAGUAAUUGGGUUGGAAAAGGGUUUGCAGCUGUCUAUGAAGCGAUCUGUGGAGGUGAGAUACGGAAAAAUGAAGGACAGAUUCAGUCUCCUAAUUAUCCUGAUGACUAUCGGCCCAUGAAGGAGUGUGUGUGGAAAAUAACCGUGUCUGAGGGCUACCAUGUCGGACUGACCUUUCAGGCCUUUGAGAUUGAAAGACACGACAACUGUGCCUAUGACUACCUAGAAGUUCGAGAUGGAACCAGUGAAAAUAGUCCUUUGAUAGGACGUUUCUGUGGUUAUGAUAAACCUGAAGACAUAAGAUCUACCUCCAACACUUUGUGGAUGAAGUUCGUUUCUGAUGGAACUGUGAACAAGGCAGGGUUUGCUGCUAACUUUUUUAAAGAGGAAGAUGAGUGUGCUAAGCCUGACCGAGGAGGCUGUGAGCAGCGCUGUCUGAACACCCUGGGCAGUUACCAAUGUGCCUGCGAGCCUGGCUAUGAGCUGGGGCCUGACAGGAGGAGCUGUGAAGCUGCUUGUGGUGGACUCCUCACCAAACUUAAUGGCACCAUAACCACCCCUGGCUGGCCUAAAGAGUACCCUCCGAAUAAAAACUGUGUGUGGCAAGUGGUUGCACCAACCCAGUAUAGAAUUUCUGUGAAGUUUGAGUUUUUUGAAUUGGAAGGCAAUGAAGUUUGUAAAUAUGAUUAUGUAGAGAUCUGGAGUGGUCUUUCCUCUGAGUCUAAGUUGCAUGGCACUUUCUGUGGUGCUGAAGUGCCUGAAGUGAUCACUUCCCAGUUCAACAAUAUGAGGAUUGAAUUCAAAUCUGAUAACACUGUGUCCAAGAAGGGUUUCAAAGCACAUUUCUUCUCAGACAAAGAUGAAUGCUCUAAGGAUAAUGGUGGGUGUCAGCACGAAUGUGUCAACACGAUGGGAAGCUACAUGUGUCAGUGCCGAAAUGGAUUUGUGCUGCAUGAAAAUAAACAUGAUUGUAAGGAAGCCGAGUGUGAGCAGAAGAUCCACAGUCCAAGUGGCCUCAUCACCAGUCCCAAUUGGCCAGACAAGUACCCAAGCAGGAAGGAGUGCACGUGGGAAAUCAGCACCAUUCCUGGCCACCGGAUCAAAUUAGUAA